UUUUAUUGGACACUAUUAUAAUUAGACUUGUUAAAAGUAAAUUUCUUUUAUUUUAAUUUGAUAAAAAAAUUAAUUUUAAAUAAAUUUAAUAUUAGUUGCAUUGACUUUAACGGACGCAGAUUUUAAUGUAAUAAAAAUAAAAUACAGACUUUAAUUAUGACCUAAAAAGUUUCAUCCGAAGCAACGUCAGUCAAACGUAUAUAUAAAGACUUCAUGAAAAGGACUAUAAAUAUUUACAAGGACCCUUGUUCGUUAUGCAAGAAAAAGAAAGAAAAGAAAAGAAAAAAAAGAAAGAAAGCAGAAGAAAAUAGUCAUAAAUCAAGUACAGGGCUUAUCAGUUUUUCUGGGUGGAAAUGAGCUUUAACGAUGAUGAGAAGAUUGUUACCCUUCAAGACUCAGGGUCAAGACCAACGCUAAUCGUACCGGGCAGAGUACAACUGAUAAGCUUUCACAAUGAUAUGGCACCACUCCAGGAAACCAAGCUCAAGGUGAUGCUGGAGAUCACAGGCGGAGAUUCCAGCAACGACAGACCCGGAUUGGACCUUGUGGCGGUGUUAGAUGUCAGUGGAAGCAUGGCUGGUGAGAAGAUAGCAAAACUGAAAAUGGCCAUGCUAUUUAUGAUCAAGAAACUUAGUCCUAUUGAUCGCUUAUCGAUUGUCACAUUCUCUACGGACUCCACUAGGUUGUGCCCGUUGCGACAGAUAACUGAAAAUUCUCAAAAGGAGUUUGAGAAUCUCAUCAAUCGUCUGAAAGCCGAUGGAUGGACCAACAUCACUGCUGGCCUUGAAACUGCCUUGAAAGUGCUUAAUGACCGUAGUUUUAAUGGCGGGCGUGUUGUUGGCAUUAUGCUUAUGUCAGAUGGUGAGCAUAAUACAGAUGGUGAUCCUGCCGAGGUUCCACUCGGCAAUGUGCCUGUGCACACAUUCGGAUUCGGCAGAAAUUACGAACCGAGGGUGCUCAAGGCUGUAGCGCAUAAAAGCAUUGGAGGAACAUUAUCAGAUGUUCAAAACACAAACAACUUGGGCAAAGCUUUUUCGCAAUGUCUGGCUGGGCUCCUCACUGUGGUCGUUCAGGACCUAAAGCUGACUGUCACACAACACAAAAACGAAUCGACAAUAGAACAGGUGUCUGCGGGGAGCUAUCCACAAACCAAGCAUGAUGCCACAGGCUCUGUAACUAUUACUUUUGGGGAUCUCUAUGCUAAAGAGGUGCGCAAGAUCAUAGUGGACCUUCUUCUCCCUACUGUUACUAAGGAGCUAGCCACACAUGUUCUGGAAAUUGCUUACUCAUACAGCACUGGGGGAAACCUGUUUGAGGCCCCUCCUGUAACUGUUAUUGUACGCCGCACUGGGACACCCUCAGAUCAAAAAGAGAGGCCAGAGCUGACAAUUGAGGAGACCCGUCUCCAGACAGUAAGAAUAAUGAAGGAAGCAAGAGCCAUGGCUGACAACAAUAAACUGAAAGAUGCUCAGGACAAGCUGGCUGAAGUACAAAAGUCACUAGAGAAUGUCGUUGAUGAGUCUAAUCCAAUAGUUCAGAUGCUGAAACUGGAGCUGCAACAGCUCUUGAAAUUUAUGAAAUCAAUGGAAAUGUAUGAAAUGCAAGGGCGUCCUUUUGCACUCUCCUCUGAGACGUCCCAUGACCGCCAGCGUUUUGCUUCAAGAGGUGACCUGGAAACCAUACGCCCAUUUGCCACUCCGCGUAUGGACAAGUACCUUGAACAGGCUAAGUCGUUUGAUAAGGAUCCCAGCAAAGUGCCGCCGUCAGUGGAUAAGGAUGUGAAGGAAGAACUCGCUGCCAAUCCCCUCGCUCCCAUCACUGGAGCAAUUAACUUCUAUCUUCAAGCGGCCAUUCAAUCGCUCCGAGCCAUUGAUAAUAUACUCAAUACACUUUGAUUACUUUGCCCUCUUAAUUAAUUUACGUUUUGCUUUCGAACUACAAUAAAAUAAAACCUGUGUAUCCUUCUCUACCCAGACUCGGUGGAUCUGCUGUUUAUGAUUUUUGUCUGUUCGUUAAAGACCCAAUUUACCCUCCCAACUUGUAUUCAAGAGCCCAUUAGCUCAUAUUUUAAUUAUUUAGUCAAUA